AAGUAGAUUGAUUUGAUAGAGAUGGUAAUAAUUUGGUGUUAGAAUAUUUAGUCGAAAAGGCGGUAACUAAUAUAGGGCACGACAGACAGCAGGAGCAGAAUAGAAAGAAUGAAUGAAUCAUCAUCACAAUAGGAAGACGCAUGAUUUUGGUUUUCCUGAAUCCCAAUCACGAAGAAAAGAAUCUCAAUCCCUCGCCUCGAUCUUGCAACUUCGCCAUAGGGAUCCAUGAUACUCCUGCAGUCCCAUUCAAGAUUCCUGCUCCAGACCUUAUUGAAUCGGGCCCAAAAUCUUGAUAAAGGAGUUGAACUGGAUCACCACUGGGUUGAGUUUGAUGAUGUUCGAUACCAUAUUCAGGUGUCAAUGAAGAAUCCUCAUGUUUUAUUGCUAUCGGUAUCAUUGCCUACUCCUUCUUCAGAAACUAUUUUUGUCUGUGGACUUCCAUUUGGAGCCAUUGAAGCAAUAAAAGCUGCAUAUGGUAAUCUUGUGCAAAUUCUUGACCCUCCAAGGGAUGGCUUUAACCUCACAUUAAAAAUAAAUCUGUCAAAGCUUCCUGCAAAUCAAGAGCAAAAACAUGCUUUUUUGGUGAAAGUUGCAUCAGUAAGGGAGGUUGUCCUUGGUGCACCAUUGAGAGUAAUUUUAGAACACCUUGCUACAAGAAAUGUUGCUCCAGACUUGGAUCCGCUUGUUGCCCUUGUUCAUCGGCCCAAUGAGUCUUUCUUUCUUUUACCUAAGGCUGAUAAGGUGACUGUGGUGUAUCCUAUGAGAUUCCAUGAUUCAAUCGACAUUGUUCUCGCAACUUCAUUCUUACAGGAAUUUGUCGAAGCCAGGCGUACAGCUGGACUUCAUAAUACGCCUCCUUGUUCGUGGUCUCUUACUCCUCCACUGGAACUAAAAGGAGUUGCCGCCAAUGCAUUAUCUGCGAAUGCAGGAUUUGUGACAUUUGUUAUCUUCCCUCGUCAUGUUGAAGGUCAGAAACUGGAUCGUACAGUAUGGAAUCUGUCAACUUUUCAUGCCUAUGUUAGCUAUCAUGUUAAGUGCUCGGAAGGAUUUAUGCAUACACGGAUGCGGCGUCGUGUGGAGUCCUUGAUUCAGGCUCUGGAUCGUGCCAAACCAGAUCCCGAGAAUUCAAAGAAAACAUCAUACAACAGAUCCUUCAAACGGCUGAGCCUCAAGGAUUCAAGGACCAACUCAUUUUCAUAAAGGAGAAGCAUGGUGAGGAAGAUGUUCUGGUUCUACUGGACUAUACAAUCGCCAACCAAGGAAUUGCUAUUGCAUGUUUGCAGAAUGUUCCAGAUGCUUGUAACUCGAAGAUGUGAUUCUCCUUCUGAACUCUUCACGCUCAGUAUCCAAGGAAUUGCUGGCCUAUUUCUGCAGACUGCUCCAGGAGCAUGUAAUUUAUUCAUGGAAAAAAAUAGGAUACAAAUGCAAGAGAAAUGACCAAACAAAUUAGUUAUUAAAAUGUACAAUUGUUUAUCAUCUGAAUGUGGUGUACUGUAUAUCUGUAUUUGGGGAUACUAUCAAAAUAUCUUUCUUUUUGAGGCAUUCAUCAAAUUUUCCUUUCAUUGUAAAAUAUCGAUAGUGUUGAUGCAAGUUUAAACUCGAGAAUGAGGUUGACAUGAAUAAGCUGUUUUAGCGUUUGAGGGCUUUUAAAUAAAGACCAUUUAGCAUGC